AUGGGAAUAUUUUUGUCCUGUUGUAAACCUUCAGCGUCGGAUGUUUUGACACCAGAUGCUGAGACCAGACGCAGACAGCAAGUGGAGGCAGCGGAAAAGAGACGUGCCGAAGAAGCUGCACGCGGGGUGAAAGACCCAGAGAAAGUUAAGAGAAUGCAGCAGCGAGCUGAAGAAAUGGAGCGCAGGGAGCAGGAGCUGCAGAAAGAUGGAGGGGCAACACUAAAGUGGACGGCUGACUGA